CCGGUGCUCGGGGCGCAGCCACGCGGGCGCAGCGCGGACAGACCCCUUUACCAUGAACCAGCCUGCCUCAGGGGUGCCCCCACCUCCCCGUCGCGUGCGGCUGAAACCCUGGCUGGUGGCCCAGGUGAACAGCUGCCAGUACCCAGGGCUUCAGUGGGUCAAUGGGGAAAGGAAAUUCUUUUACAUCCCCUGGCGCCAUGCCACAAGGCACGGGCCCAGCCAGGAGGGAGAUAACACCAUCUUCAAGGCCUGGGCCAUGGAGACGGGGAAAUACACGGAGGGCGUGGAUGAGGCGGACCCCGCCAAGUGGAAGGCCAACCUGCGCUGCGCCCUGAACAAGAGCCGCGAUUUCCGCCUCAGAUACGACGGGCCCCGCGACAUGCCCCCGCAGCCCUACAAGAUCUACGAGGUCUGCUCCGGUGGCCCCGCUCCCGCAGAGCCCCACCCCGGCGAGGAUCACGCCUUCGGCGCCGGGGCCGGAGAGGAGGAAGAGGAGGAGGAAGAGGAGGAGCUCCAGAGGAUGUUACCAAGCCUGAGCCUCACAGAAGUAGUACAGUCCGGCCCUACCCUGCCACCCUAUUCUGUACCCAAAGAAGACAUCAAGUGGCCACCCACUCACCAGUCACCUGUGGUGGUGGGUCCCCCGGCUCCAGACCCCAGCCUCCUGGUACCUGCCCCUGGCAACCCUGCUGGCUUUGGGGACCUUCUCCCUGAAGUCGUGCCAGGCCUGGAGCCGGAAUCCAUGGCUGCCAGCCUGCCCUCCACAUGCGAACAACUCCUGCCCGACCUGCUGAUCAGCCCACACAUGCUGCCUCUGACUGACCUGGAGAUCAAGUUCCAGUACCGGGGGCGUCCGCCCCGCGCCCUCACCAUCAGCAACCCGCAAGGCUGCCGGCUCUUCUACAGCCAGCUGGAAGCCACCCAGGAGCAGGUGGAGCUCUUUGGACCUGUGAGCCUGGAGCAAGUGCGCUUCCCCAGCGCCGAGGACAUCCCCAGCGACAAGCAGCGCUUCUACACCAACCAGCUGCUGGAUGUCCUGGACCGCGGGCUCAUCCUCCAGCUGCAGGGCCAGGACCUGUAUGCCAUCCGCCUCUGCCAGUGCAAGGUGUUCUGGAGCGGGCCCUGCGCCUCAGCCCACAACUCACAGCCCAACCCCAUCCAGCGGGAGGUCAAGACCAAGCUCUUCAGCCUGGAGCAUUUUCUCAAUGAGCUCAUCCUAUUCCAGAAGGGCCAGACCAACGCCCCACCACCGUUCGAGAUCUUCUUCUGCUUUGGGGAGGAGUGGCCUGACCGAAAACCCCGAGAAAAGAAGCUCAUCACCGUGCAGGUGGUGCCCGUAGCAGCACGGUUGCUGCUAGAGAUGUUCUCAGGGGAGCUUUCUUGGUCGGCUGAUAGUAUCCGGCUACAGAUCUCAAAUCCAGACCUCAAAGACCACAUGGUGGAACAGUUCAAGGAACUCCAUCACCUCUGGCAGACCCAGCAGCGCUUACAGCCCGUGGCCCAGGGCCCUCCAGUGCCAGGCCUCGGUGCUGGCCAGGGGCCCUGGCCCAUGCACCCGGUUGGCAUGCAAUAAUGAGACUGUGGAUAGUGGCUGGCCCAGGCUUCCUGGGUGACUUUGUGGACUGAUGUGCAGGUGAUGGCCCCAGUGGGCACCUGAUUGACUAUCUCUGGGUCUCCUGGAAAUGGAUUUGGGCCAAGGAGAGGUUGGUUCCAGGAGAACCGAGUUCCAGGUCCUCCUUGUGGAAGUUGAAGGAAGCUGGAAGUCGGCUUUGCUUUGGGGACUUUGUCUUCCUGGACCUACAUUUCCUCCACUAGCUCUGGGCAGCUGGCCCUGGGGGAACUCAGCCAUCAGCACCCUUGAGUGGGGGAAGACGCACCACCCCUGGGGCCUAGUUAUACAGAGGAAUUGUUCCAGAAUGGCCUAGUCUGAUGGUUGCCCCAUUUCCUCUGGCAAAAGUGCCAAGUGCUGGGGGCCAAGUUGCCCUAGCAGGGCCUCUGCAGGGCACAGGCCUGAUUUUGGGGCUCCCUGGUUUGAGACUCACCUCCUCAUCUUUCUCCCACCUGAAGUCAAAAUGAGCACUUAGGUAUUACACCAGGUACUUAAGGCUGGCAGCUACCUCCCUUGAAGUCUGAGAACCUGGGAUAGAAAGUAGUAUUUUAUGUAUUUUUGGAUUAAUAAAUGUUAAAAACAGACCCAGCUGUUUCUUUCCGUUUUCUAGUACCAGUUGCUUCCAGACCCUGCUUCUCAUGCCAGCUGGACCUUUCCCCUAGCACUUGCCUGCCAUCUCUGCUCUUGACAUGGAGGGCCUGCCUUCCAGGCUGAUGAGUCAGUGUGGCCUCCAUGAGCACUCACCCAGCUGGCUUUGCUUUCCAGGAGGAAGCUGGCUGAAGCAAGGGUGUGGAGUUUUCAAUGUGUGCAGAGUCUAAAAUCCCGCCCGAAUCAAUUUCCCUGUAAGAAAUGGUGGAGGGGGCCUCCCCGGUGGCGCAGCG